AUGCUUUCCUCUCUAAACGAGACCCAUCUCUGUGUUAUCAACCUUUUCAAUCCAGGAAAUGUCUUACAAUGAAUUUGAAUUCGUCAAGAACAAGAGAAGGCCAUUUUAUACAGAUGAACAGAAGACAUCUCUUUACUAAAGAAAGGAAGAGUUUUUCGAUAAAUUAUUCCGAUAAGUUCAGAGAUGAUUCUACGAGCAGCGUGGAGAUGCAUACAGAUGCUUUGGAUGUGGAGAUUACUCCACCAGACUCACAGGACAUUCAUAUUUCACGGAAUUCUACUGUCUCCAGCACUCUACAGGAUGAUAGGCCAAAGUCUUUUAGAAAUAGGUUUCUUGAUUUUGUUCGCAUAAGUUCAGUACUCAAUACUGCAGCUGAAAGAUUCUUUAAGAGCGAGAUAAGGAGGAGGUUGUUUGUAACGGCUGUAUUGCUUGUUCUUAGCCGUGUUGGAUAUUUUAUCCCUUUACCUGGAUUCGACAGAAGAUUAAUACCUCAAGAUUACCUUAGCUUUGUCUCGGGGUCUGUGGAGGAACUGGGUGAGUUUGGAGCAGAGAUUAAGCUUUCGCUUUUCCAGCUUGGGCUCAGUCCACAAAUAAUAGCAUCUAUAAUUAUGCAGGUGCUUUGUCACGUUCUUCCAUCGUUGGUGAAACUGCGAAAGGAAGGCUUAGAUGGUCACGAAAAGAUCAAGAGUUAUAUAUGGUGGCUAUCGUUUCUCUUUGCUAUAGUGGAAGCAUUAGUGGUGGCUUACACUUCUCUUCAAUAUUCAGUUUUUGCAGCCACUGCUCAGGUGAAGCAUGUAAUGAUGACAGCAUCUUUGCUAGUCUGUGGUGCAAUGACAAUGACGUGGCUGUGUGAUACAAUAUCAGAAUCCGGAUUUGGUCAUGGGUCAUCUCUAAUUAUUUGUGUGGGAAUAUUGACGGGCUACACAGAGACCUUACACAAGAUGCUGAAUCAAAUCUCAGGAAGUUUCUCGAAUUGGUUGCCUUACUUGUUAGGCUUGCUGGGCAUUUUUACGGUAGUAACUAUGUUCGCUGUUGUUGUUACUGAGGGCUGCAGGAAGAUAAAACUACAAUAUUAUGGUUUUAAACUUGCUUCUGCUUCGAGAGAAGGUUCUCCGAUAACCGAGGUGGAGCCUUACAUACCUUUUAACAUUAACCCAGCAGGAAUGCAACCUGUUCUCACAACCACAUAUCUCUUGGCAUUCCCCAGCAUUCUUGCUAGUAUUGUGGGUUCACCUUUCUUGGUACACGUGAAGGAGAUAUUUAACCCGGAAAGCACGGUUGGAGCACCGCCUUGGGUCUAUUACUCAAUAUAUGCGUUUUUCGUCUUUCUCUUCAACAUCUUUGACAUUGCCAACUUGCCAAAGGAAAUAGCCGAUUAUUUAAACAAAAUGGGAGCAAGAAUACCCAAUAUAAAGCCCGGGAAAGCCACAAUCGAGUACUUAACGAAGAUACAAGCAUCAACUAGGUUUUGGGGUGGUCUUCUGUUGAGCUUUUUGGCAACAGCUUCUAGUGUACUUGACCACUAUCUACGCAGCAUCAAUCAAGGCUUUUCUAUCGGAUUUACAUCGGUUUUGAUCAUCGUUGGUUCCAUUAUUGAACUCAGAAGAUCUUACCAUGCCUACAAUGUAAUGCCUAGUUUAAGCAAAGCGUUGAAGAGAUAUGGUGUAUAAGGAGAUUCGAGAAACAUAAGAAAUUAUAGAUAUAUUAUUGUGGUUUAGAGUUUCUGUAGCUCUUUUCUUUAGUAGAUUAGGAAUUAGAUGAUUUGUAUUAAGAAUCAAAACACAUUACCAAU